AUGAAUGGAAGCUAUCAACAUAAAUCAGCAGGGAAACAGAAGAGAAGAAGAAAGAGGCAGUCGGGCUGCAAAUCUUCAUCUGAAGAAGAGAAAGGCAAAAAUCCUACUUUGGGUAAUAAAGACGCCGUCAACUCAAAUCACUCAGAGGGUUCAUCUACUUAUUCAACAGGUGGGGUAGAGAUAAGCAACCCAUCAAAAGCGAAAAGGAGAACAAGAAGAAGAAGAAGAGGAAAGGCAAACGGAAAAUCUCCAUCUGGACAGACUGCGUCAUGUGAUGAAGACAAAGUGGAAGCAGGAGAUUGUCCCACCUCUUCAGGAGUUGAAGCUGCCAGUAAUCAAUCUAAGUCUGGGAGUAUAAGAAAGAGGCGAAGAAAAGCUGCCGAGAAUUCCCCAUCCACAGAAGAAGAAACCAAUGAUAACACAGGCACAGGUAAUGAAGAGCAAGAGAUCUCAGAUGGCUUAAGCGAUUCCACUGUGUCCAAGUCAUCGGCUGUCAUCGCUAACAGCAAAUCAAAAGGGAGUUCGAGGAAAUUUACUGACAAGGAAUCGGGGAAGAUUAGAAAAGGAAAAAGAAAAGUUAACAAGAAAAUAGAUUCUGAGAGAGAGGAAAGCCAGGAUGAAAACAUGCAAGAUAAGUCAGAUGAAUGUGGAGAUUCUGUCGCCCCUUCAGGAGUUAAUACAUCUGGUACAAACUCGGCAGGGGAAACACGAAAAGCGAACACAAAAAAGGCAAUGACAGACAAGGACUCAGAGAGGACGAAGAAGAGAACAAGGAAAGAUGUCAAGAAAUCCCAGUCUGUAGCGGAUAUCAAUGAGAGAUGCCGAAUGUCAAGCACGAAUGAGAAUGAUAUAAUGUUGAUGGCAAAAAGAAAAGGCGCAACUACCAGAAACUCAUCCGAGGCAGCACCCAAUAGAAAAACAAGCUUGCCUGAUCAAGAGGUCGAGAAGCGAGGGAGGAGGAACACAAAAACUGGAAGAAACGCUGGCCAAACAUCUUUGUGUGAGAAGAAGACCAACAUAACUACCUCCCAAGGGGAUGAACAUCUGAACUCAGAUGAUCUUAGAAACACUUUCAACCCACCAGCAGUUGAGACAGCCAUUACUAAGCCAUCAAAACCUGACGGAACGCGGAAAACAGGCAUGGCGGAGAAGGUUUCAAGAAAGACAAGGAAAGGAAGAAAACCAUCUGCCAAGAAGUCUCCAUCUGUUAAUGCCGACACAUGUCCUAAUGAUGAAGAUAAAGUGAACUCGACAGAUUCCUCCAUCUCCUCGUCAAACAAUGCCACCGCCACUGAGCAAUCCAAAUCGGGAUGCUUUGUGGUCCUCAAACAUCACGCACCUGGUCAGAGGGAGGAUUGCAAAGACUGUCUUCAGCAGAAGAAACAGCAAGGCAUGGAUGGUAGAAAGGACAUCAGCCUAGAAGACAUAGAGACAUCGCGUGAGCAACAGAGACUAACCGAUGAACAAGACAGUCCUCAGCCAGAGAGCUGUGAAGUAACUGGGGUCAAAGGUGAAGAGUCUCAACUGACAUCCCAGGAUAAAGAAAGACAUGUAAGAGAGCAUACAGACGCUUGUCAGAAUGAGAAUGGGGAAACGGUAAAGAACAGUGAUGAGAGCUUUAAGAAAGCAAAGGCGCUAUCACCUGAGAUAGAGACUCUUGGAGAGGAGCAGACUUGUGAUCCAGACGGGCCUCAGAAAGAGCAAUGCGCAAUGGUCAGGGAACAUAUCUGUCAACAAGAGAUGACGACGUGGUCAAAGCAACAAAGAUCGGCUAAAGAAACAUUUGAACAGGUUGGAGAUUUAAAAGGAUCCGAAACUAAGAGAGAACAGAGCUGCCUUCAAGAGAAGAGGCUACCUUCAGGGCGAGAAACACGGAAACAGAAGCUAGCUAAUCAUACAGAUCGGUCGUCAAAGGGAAAUAUGCAUGUACCUUCAGGAAAAACGAAGACAAGAAGGGAACGAACAGACGCUCAAAAGAAGCCUGCAUGUAAAGAGAACAAAGAUUGCAAGAUUCAGCUCCUUGUGAAUAGUACUUCGAUGGGACCAAUACGUCUACAAAUGCGUCCAGCCACUUUUAUCACAAUCUUGAAAGGAAAACUUCAAAAGCAAUCUGGGACUGAACCAGAGAAGCAACAUCAUUUCACCGGACGACACGACAAGCCCCGUGAUGAGCAGGAUGCUAACAUAGAGAUACACCUGGUAUCCUGGUUGAUGGGCAGAGCUGUCGGUGAACGGAAAUCAGCAGGAAAAACACAAAAGACAAGAAUGACGAAGAAGAUGAGAAGAAAGACAAGGGAAGGAAGAAGACGAGCUGCCAAGAAAUCUCCAUCUGUUAAUGCGGACACAUGUCUUCAUGAAGAAGAUAAAGUGAACUCGAAGGAUUCCUCCAUCUCCUCAUCAAUCGAUGUCGCCGUUACUGACCAAUCAAAAUCUGAAUGCCAUGUGGUCCCCCAACACCAGGCACUUGGUAAGAUGGAGGAUUGCAAAGACAGUCUUCAGCAGAAGAAACGGCAAGGAACGGACGGUGGAAAGGAAACCAACCGACAAGAAACAUCGCGUGAGCAGCAGAGACUGACAGAUGAACAAGACUGUCCUCGGCCAGAAAGUUCAUCCCAGGAGAAAGAAAGACGUGGAACCGGAGAGGAUCAAGCAGAAUAUUGUCAGAAAGAGAAUGGGGAAAUGGUAAUGAACAGUGAUAAGAGCUUUAAACAAGUAAAGGAGCUAUCAGCUGAGAAAAAGAAACAUGGAGAGGAUCAGAUUUGUGUUUCAGACGGACCUCAAAAAGGGAAGCAGCAAGGCGCCAUGGUCAAGGAACAGAUCUGUCAACAAACUAUGACGACAUCCUCGAAGCAACGAAGAUCGGAUGAAUGCUGCCUGGAGCAGAUAGGCGAUCUAAGAAGAUCCAAAAGUAAGAGAGAACGGAACCGCCUUCAAGAGAAGAGGGCAGGUGCUGGGCAAGAAGCACGGAAACAAAAGCAAACUAAUCAUCCAGACAGGCCAUCAAAGGAAAUGCUACAAGUACCGUCAGCCUUAAAAGACAAAUUUCUUGACCAACUUGGGAUUGAACCAGAGAAGCAGCAUCUUUUCAUCAGACAACGCCACGAGCUACACGAUGAGGUUCCCCUCAAAGAUCAGGCGAUUGAGCAAGAUGCUAACAUAGAGCUACGCCUCGUGUCCGGGUUAAAGGGCGGAGCUGAUGAUGAACAGAAAUCAGAAGGGAAUUCACGAACUAGGACUGAAAAGGAUCCAAGGAGGACAAGAAAGGCAAAUGAACAGCAGCAGGCCAGUCAUCACGUAACUAUUCAUCAUGAAGAAAAACAGACAAUGGCAGGGGUCCAACAAAGUGUGCUGACGUUACCUGAGCAACAGGGAAUGAUACUGUAA